AGUUAAUGCGCGAAGGCUGCCGACGAACUGAAUUACGCCAGCGUAUAUAGCUUUAAUAGAUGGCUCAUGAAUUUUGCCAGCUCCGUCUUCUUUUUGUCAGCGGAUGAAAAUGUUACACUUAACUCAAAGUUCUUCGGAGAGUUCAGUUCGUAGUACAUGGGAAUGGUUGGUUUUACCGGCUUGUGCUCUGUCACACUUUUGAAGAUAAUCACAACUUUAAACUUUGGAGAGGAAACUUUCCUGUGGCAGUUUCUGAGAAAAAGCAAUGCUGUCACUUCAGUUUUGUGUGAUGGUUACGAUGUGGGGAGUUGUGAGGGCCUCUGGUCAUUUCGAGCUACAAAUCAUCAGUAUACAGAAUAGGCGUGGGGAAUUAGCCGACAGGAGCUGUUGUGAGGGAACAUCCCGUAACAAGGAAGGGGUGUGCACCCAGGAUUGUACUACCUAUGUUCGUGUAUGUUUGAAGGAAUACCAGGCCAGCCCCCACCCCGAUGGUCCCUGUACCUUAGGAAAUUUAUCGAGUGCCAUUCUGGGGGGUAAAUCGUUUACAUACCCGCUUAACAGCAAUGCGUCGAGACUUGAUAUACCAUUUGACUUCGCAUGGACCAGAUUCUACUCCUUGAUAUUACAAGCAUGGCACAAAGUGGAUGCAACCGACAACAAAAAUGACAGCCUGAUUGGAACUGUCACAAAGUCUGCCAUCAUUUUACCAAGUGAAGAGUGGCAGACAAUUGGUCCUGUUGGGCAAGGUACCAGCCUGGUGUUCAGGAUACGAGUGGUUUGUGACAACCAUUAUUAUAACACUACGUGUACCCAGUUUUGUCGUCCGCGUAAUGACCCUAUUGGUCACUACAGCUGUAAUUCCAUGGGAGAAAAAGUCUGCAUGAAGGGUUAUAUUGGCGAGCAUUGUGAAAGAGCAAGUUGUAAACCUGGUUGUCAUGAGACCCAUGGAUCCUGUAACAAGCCAGGAGAAUGCAGGUGUUCGUUUGGCUGGACAGGACCGCUGUGCGAUCAGUGUAUUAAGCACCCAGGAUGUGCCCAUGGCAGGUGUAUGGGUUCUCCAUGGACCUGUUACUGUGAACUCAACUGGGGAGGGAUCCUUUGUGAUAAAGAUUUGAACUACUGCCGUCACACCCCUUGUGCCAAUAAUGGGAUCUGCCAAAAUAUAGCCCCCAAUAAGUAUGCUUGUUCCUGCCCACCUGGAUACUCUGGUCCAAAUUGUGAAAUAGCAAAACAUGCGUGUUCGGGUACAAGUAAUCCAUGUCAUAAUGAGGGCACGUGUAUUGAGGUCAGCGGGGACUUUGUUUGUCAUUGUAAGCCUGGCUGGACUGGUCGCACCUGUAGUGACAGUAUAAACGAGUGUGAGUCAAACCCAUGUCAGCAUGGUGGGAGUUGUCUGGACAAGGUUAACGGCUACACAUGUCAGUGUACACCUGGAUGGCAGGGACCCCACUGUCAGCUGGAUGCAGAUGAGUGUCAUGGAAGCCCCUGCGUCAAUGCCUAUGCGUGUCAGAAUCUGGUUGGAGGUUACCUCUGUAAAUGUCAGGCAGGCUGGACUGGCAAGCUUUGUGAUAUUAACGUAAAUGACUGUUCAGGACAGUGUCAACAUGGCUCAACCUGUGUGGACCUGGUCAGUGGUUACAUGUGUGCCUGCCUGCCGGGUUACACAGGCAAGGACUGUGAGACCAACAUCGACGAGUGCAGUAGCAACCCGUGUCAAAAUGGCGGCCAGUGCCAUGACAUAGUCGCCGGUUACCAGUGUAUUUGUCACUAUGGUUACACAGGACAGAACUGUGAGAUCGACGUGGACCGAUGUAAUCCUAACCCCUGUAUGAUGGGGUCUACUUGUUUCAACCUGCCAGGGGACUACUUCUGUCACUGCAGGAAGGGGUAUGCGGGGAAGAAUUGCUCCCAGAGCAAGCCACUUUGUCAGACUGAGACAUGCCAAGAUAUAGACAGCUGUCUGACCUUUGUUGGGGCCAAUGAGACAGAUGGUCGGUUUGUUUCUUCUAAAGUGUGCGGUCAACACGGUACCUGUAUAAGUGAACCUGGGAGUCGGUACCACUGUAGCUGUGAUGCUGGGUACACAGGCAGCCAUUGUCACGAUAAUAUCAAUGACUGUGCAAGUGAGCCGUGUCACAACCAGGGGACCUGUAUAGAUAAGGUGUCCUCGUUCCAGUGUCUCUGUACAGAGGGCUGGGAAGGGCCUGUCUGUAACAUCAAUCAUGAUGACUGUAUUACCAAGCCCUGUAGGAAUGGAGGCGUGUGUACAGACCUGGUAGGAGAUUUCAGAUGCCAGUGUAAAGAUGAUUGGAAAGGAAAAACAUGUAGUCUGAGGACAUCUAACUGUGAUGGAGGCACCUGUGCUAACAAUGGUCGGUGCAUGGACCAGGGGAACACCUUUAUCUGUCACUGUGCUUCAGGAUGGACGGGCACCACAUGCCAGACACGCACAAACACAAGCUGUCACUCUGACCCAUGUGUUAACGGAGGGACCUGUGUGAACAGGGGAGAUAACUUUGCAUGUGUCUGUAAGGAGGGCUUUGAGGGGGAAACCUGUGAAAUUGACGUCAACAACUGUAACCCCUAUCCAUGUUAUAAUGGAGGUCGGUGCAUAGAUGAAGUGAACUGGUACAGAUGUGAAUGUGCUCCAGGAUUUGCUGGCCCGGAAUGUAGAAUAAAUAUUAACGAGUGUUUCUCCAACCCCUGUGCAUAUGGCAGUACCUGUAUAGAUGGGAUAGGAGAUUACAGGUGUGUCUGCCCACCAGGGAGAAAUGGCAGGAACUGUGGCACAGUUAUUGGUCAGACAUCAGCCCCUAAGCAAUGCAGUUUUAACAGACGCCUGUUCCCUGAAAACAGCACUUGGCAGCAUGGCUGCAACAGCUGUUCCUGUAGCAAUGGCCAAGUCACAUGUUCAAAGGUGUGGUGUGGCCCAAAGAACUGCCUCUACCACCCUAACCAGACAGAGCCAGUCUUCAGCUGUGGGGAGCAGGAGACUUGUGUAAUACAGACUGAGCAGACCUGCUUCACCCCACCGUGCCUCCCAUGGGGCCAGUGUCGCCCCAUGAAUCGUGUCACAGACCCUACACCUGCGGGAGUACAGACCACAUGUAUCCCUAACUCUGCCAAGCUCAGCAACAACUGUGCCAAGAUAACUCUUAUCUUUGACAAGUCAAAAAUGCCUGCAGGAGUUACUGUGGAGACUGUUUGCCGUAGCUUGAGGCAGCUUCCUGACAUCCAGAGGCUGGCCAGAGACAGAGCGUUGAUCAUUCUGUGUGAUGUUCAGGAUGGCCAUGUCAACUCGCUGGAGGUCACCGUGUCUGUGGACAGCCAUAGUUCCUCCUCAUCAGAGGAGAUGGUGAAGACGGCCGUGGGGGAGCUAGCCGAUGCCAUCAGUCAUAAAGCCAGUAAUAGUACAGCUCUUGCUGCAGUCAUGGAGGUCCGUGUGGAAACCACCUACAUCAACCAGCCAAAUAGUUCCGACUCCUCCUACCUGGUUCCUCUCAUCUGCAGCCUGAUUGGACUGAUCGGACUGCUGGCCAUUAUACUUACCAUAUUGAUGCACAACAGACAGCGACGCAAGUGCCGUGCGCGCAGAAUGGAAGCAGAAUACACCCAGCAAAAAACAAAUAACCAGAACGAAGAAAAUUUACGACGGUACAAAAACCCUUUGUUUGAAACGGACAAAGGUGGUGGAACAUCGUCACCCAAUGAUGUGCGAGAUUCUGUGGAGUUUUUUGACAUUGAUCUGCAAAAAUAUGAAAAAAGUCCACAGCGGACAAAUGUAGAGAGGACUGAAUUGUCCAAUGACUGGACAGAGCGCAGCCUCCCUACAAAAUCUGUUCGCAAAAAAGACAUCAAUAUUGAAAUUUCCCGAACUUUAACAGCAGCUGCAUCAUUUUCAUCGCUCUCAUCAGAAGGUGAAAUGAUAGUGUAGCCGUGGCCAUAGGCUUAACUCGUAGCUUCUCAACUCUCCUUGUGUGUGUGUCCCGUGCUGCCAUGUUAUCUGUCUGAAGAGAAGCAGAUGACAGACAUUUAUCAUCUGUAAGCUGUGAAUAAUGGAAGCAAAAACUUGUCACUGACUAAUCACACAAAUUAGGCAGUGAUCUUGAAAUUGUCAGUUAGACAGAAGUUUUCUUGAAAGGGUGACUGACCAAUCAGAAGACCUGAUAGUGUUGGUCAAAGAGAAUCCAUUUAAAUGACUCACUGACCAAUGAAAUGGAGUCUUUGAUACAUUGGUUUAUGGCUGCUACAGUUUGCAUGGUAAUAAGCUUGUUCUGUGUGCAUGUGCUGUGGUCACAGGGAAUGGCAAAGACAGUACAAAAAUGACAGUAUUUCAGAUGAUUGUAGGUCAGUGUAGUAGAAGUAGUUGUAUUUUUAUAAAAUAUUUUCAUCCAUUUUGUAAGCAUGGGUUGUAUAACCAGCAUAGAUUUUUGAUCAUCUUUUUUCACUGUUUCAUUAUACAUGUUUGUUUUCAUAACUUCAUUGACUAAGGUGUAUAUCUAGUCUAGUCAUGCUGAAUAUCAAUAGUUAACGGAUAUCAUUUGUAUGGAAACGAGGUGAAGUAUCAGUUGUCCAUGAUUCAGUCUCCAGGCAACUAUACUCUUCAAUUCCAACCCAUGUUGAAACAUUUAAGUCUAAUAUCCUACAAGAUACGACUGUCUUCACUCACAGGCUCACACAGAGUAGCUGCAGGCUCACACAAAAUAUCUGCAGACUCACACAGAGCAUCCAAAAAGUCUGAGAAAACAAAAUUCCUUGAAGUUAGUUUUGUGAACUUACUUACUUCUGUUAAAACCAGCAAAUUUUAUCGCUAUUUGUCAGUUGCUGACAGUUAAAAACAUGCAUAAAGAAAUCUGGGUGGAGACAUACAGUGAUGCUGAAGAGAUUCUUCUAAGACUUGAAGCCUAUGCCAAUUUUCUGAAACCCUGUUUGGGUAUGUUUCUUUGACAUAUUGUCGUUUAUGAGAAUUGUGAUCAGGCGUUUGAUUGCCUGUUUUUAACUGUGCUAAAAUGGAUAGGUUUAAUUGCUAAAUUCAGUAGGCAACAACUGUAAUUUAUGUUUUUAAUAACAUCUAUAUAACUGAAAAUCAAGGUAAUAAUUGGAAAUAAUUCUUCAUUGUUUCGUAUGGCAGUACAGCAUGAUGUUGUGUUUACUCUAAUGUUUUGUGAGCUGUCAUUGGGAAGAUUUUAUGUUACAAUCUCCAACCAUUUUCCAUCUGUGUACUUAACUCGGAUUCAACAGGGUCCAGGAAUAAUACAACAGGCAGCAGAUCACCAUAAAUGUCUUCAUGUCACUGCAUACAAUUGACACUUAGCAGAUUUAUAUCUUCAAUCAUUAUUUCCAAAUUUUGUCAAUUUUUAAUUGCAUGGAAGUGCCUUUGUGGCUGUUUAGCAUGGUUCACAUUCUGUGUCAUAUUAUAGCAUGAGUUAGACUUCAUACGUCAGAUGCAUGCAUAUUUUUUAUUUGGCAGUCUUUCAGAAAGUUCUAAAUUGACGGCUAGAUGUGGCUACCUUUAUAUGACGGCUAGCUUUAAACGGUUUAUGUUUAUCAUACACCAUUUGAUAUGUAGAGUACCAUUUAAAGGAUGCAGCUAUUCCUGGAUUCCUGAAUUUCCUAAAGGUACAAGUGAGCAGUUGUGGCCCACAGCUAGUAUUAUGGACAGGGGAAUAGAGGGGAACACCUGGAUGAAUCUGGUCCGUGCUUCAUUGAUGAUAAUCAACAUUGUCUCUAGACCGUUUCCUGUAACAUCUUGUAAAUACUGUAAAUAUUGUAUGUAUGUAUAUGAGAACAUAUUUAUGAGCAUCGUGAAAGUUUAAUUUUCUUUAUUUUAGUAACUUAUUCUCGUAGGUAGCAUUGUCAUUACUGAGUUUCAUUGCACUUUUUCAGUUUUGUUUGAAGAUGACAUGUAACAAGUUGAUUGUAACAAAAUUGUCUGUAUUUUAUGAAAUACCGGUUACGUCGCUGAUUACAUCCAAAAAUUGUUUUCAGUUCUGGUGGUUCAAAUGGGAAACAUUUUCUAGCAGUUGUCUACAGUGAAUUACAUAUCAAAACAUGUUUCUUUGAGGUCAAGUCAAAAGAAGGGACAUUUGAAAUCACAAGGUUAUCACAGUUUCAGUGUUAGUUUCAUCUUUGUGACUCAAGCUCAUCACUGAAAUUUAUUUGAAGUUAUUGAACCAUUGUAAAUUGUUCAUCAUAUAAUUUAAGCGUAUUAGACUAGAUUAUUUAUUGAUUUACAACACUGGGCAAACAGUACUUACAUUUUUGUUUUCCUUGUGCAGUUUUGAACCGAUCACAUGCAGUGGUUGACUUAGUGAUCCAGAUGCUCAUUGUUUUAGACAUUUAUUUUGAAUGAUGCUAAGGAGACGUGUCCAAGAAAGGAUAUGUAAUCCUUGCUCUCUUGAUAAUAAGAGUAUGUUUAGAACUUCAGUUGAAUUGAUAGAGAAGAAAAUCAGUGAUGUUUCGUCAAGAUGCUGCUGGUAGCAGAGCAGGUUGUAGAUUUAUCAUAGUUUUGUUUUUAUACAAGAUUGGGGUUUUACCCCCGCAGCAGUGCUGUAGCCUCUUUCAUUUUGAUGUCUGUUCUUCUUUCCUGUGUCUCUCGAACUUGAAAGGACUCUAUAUGCUUAGAUUCUGUAGGCAACGCCUAAGUGUUGUGGGGAAAUAAAGAGGGGGGUAAUCAGUUGUGUGAUCAUUGAAUUGCUUACCCACCUUUCGUCCAUAGUAUAUGUUUCGAAUAAACACCACUUGCAGUUU